UAAAAUUCCAAUUUAUUGUCGAAAUAUGCCACAUGUUUCAGCUGGGACUGGAGCUGCAACUUCAGUUCAGUGCUCUCUAUCCCUUUCUCUGGCAAUGGCGGGAACUCUACAAACCCUAAGUUUCCGACCUGGAUCGGCCGGAACCCUACCCUAUCGUCCCCGAAUUCCACAUUCUCCGGCGAUCCACGCCGGACUUCUCUUUGGUCACACCUUCAAUUCCAGUCCCACCCCAUUACUUCUUCGUAAAACCCAUUCAAUUUCAAGCCCCAUCAGAGCCAAUCACCACUCCGAUCAGGUCCGUGGUAAUGGAAAUCAUUCUUCUAAGGUUCCCGGUUCUGCCGCGGCCUCAAUUUUGGCGAGAAAAUUGUUGACUUUUGCAUCCAACAAUUUUCUUCCGUUAGCUCUUGUUGGUGGGGUGCUGUUUGGGCUAGUUAACCCUAGUCUUGGUUGUCUGGCUGAUAGAUACUAUAUGUCAAAAUUUAGCACUUUUGGGAUAUUUAUUAUAUCUGGUUUAACUUUGCGUAGUGAAGAAAUUGGUGCAGCUGCUGAGGCAUGGCCAGUUGGAAUUUUUGGGCUAGGUUCUAUCUUGUUGUUGACUCCCUUAUUUUCAAGGUUUAUUUUGCAACUUCAGCUCGAGCCUCAAGAAUUUGUCACAGGGCUGGCCAUAUUUAGCUGUAUGCCAACAACAUUAUCAAGUGGAGUAGCGCUGACUCGGCUUGCUGGGGGGAAUUCUGCUCUUGCGCUUGCAAUGACUGUAAUAUCUAAUCUGCUGGGAAUCUUGUUUGUGCCCUUUUCUAUCUCGGUGUUGAUAGCUAAUGGAGUUGGUGUAUCUGUUCCUACCAAACAGUUGUUCAGAAACCUUGUUCUAACGCUUCUGGUCCCUCUUCUUUUGGGGAAGGUUUUUCGAGAAUCCUUCAAAGGCUUGGCAGUCUUUGUUGAUCAACAUCGCAAGCUUUUUUCAGUGAUUAGUGCACUCUUACUUGGUUUGGUGCCAUGGAUACAGGUGAGUAGAUCGAGCUCGAUGCUGCUAAUGGUUAAGCCUGCAGUUUUUCUGGUUGCCGUUGGGAUGGGAGCGCUUCUGCAUCUCAGCCUUCUAGCUUUCAAUGCUCUUGCAAUACAAGGACUCUCGACUGUGUCUGGUGGUAGCAAAUCUAUGUUUGCUAAGAGAGAAAAUGCCGUUGCUCUUCUACUUGUUGCAAGCCAGAAAACUCUGCCUGUGAUGGUAGCAGUCGUGGAGCAGCUUGGUGGUGCAUUGGGUGAAUCUGGCUUGCUGGUUCUUCCUUGUGUCGCCGCACAUCUGAACCAGAUUGUAAUGGACUCAUUUCUCAUAAACUUCUGGGUUCAAAAGGAGCAGUCGGCCAAGGUAGCUUGAAAUAUAGAAAAUAAGAUCUUGAUCAUUCAAUGGUUUAAUGUGGGACUCAGAAUAUUUUUUGAUCCAAGCAUGUUUGAACUAUGUAUCACUAAUUCAGAGUCAUUCGAUAUUCCCAGUCUCUUGUUUGUAGUAUUUUAGAGUUUUACAAAGGGCUAGCUAGCCGAGGUGAGCUCCGUUUCCCUCUCUAUUUUUUUACACCAAAACGAUAUGGUUUUGAUGAAUAACAAAAUGCAUUACACAGCCUUGCACUA